AUGGUUCUGUAAGCUGCCAGUUUCCACUCUUCCAGGCUCGCUGCCGUUGCUGCGAGCCUGUGUCGCCCUCAUGGCUCAUCCCUCCCGCACUUCUUCAGCUGCAUCCUAGUCUCCAUCGCUCUCAAGUCAGAGUCCUCGGCUGAAGAAGUCAAGUCCAGAUUGGUCAGUCGAAGCCGAGCUGAGCCUCGCUCGGGCCGAGGUGGUGCCGAGGCCUCAGCUGGCCUCAGCCUGCCUCAGCAGGCUUCAGCAGGCCUCGCGGCCAUCCCUCUCAUCGGGCCGGACAGGUGUAUAAACCUCUCCUCCCGCGUCAUGUCACAGGUCGAGUUCGCGCAAUCUUACCGGAGCGACCAGGGCACUCUGGACUGUCAGUUAUAUACGUUCUAGCGACUGUAGGGAUCCACAGAGUCGAUCGGGGCUAACGAUCGAACAAGAAACCGUGCCUUCGCUGACGCUCACUGCAGGGCACGUGAUGCAAAACCCCAAGGUGCGACCCAGGCGUCCGAGACGGUGACGUGAGUCGGAGCUCAUGCUCGAAGAUCUAUGGACAGGACAAGACCAAGUUCGCCAUCGUAGAGCGAUAUACGGAUGGCAAGGGUGAGCAGCUGUGCUUUGUAGAUCUGACGAAUAUCGUCACCCGCAGCGCCCAGGAAAGCUGGCUGAGCCGCCGCUUCCCACUGUCAUGGUUGCAGCCAUCAAAACCCACACAGGUAAUUGUCUAAUCGGCGUUCGGCUUGCGCGUUGAGAUCCACUCCACUGAUGGGCAUCACCAAUCAUUUACACCGUCGCUGCGCACAGCCAAUCCUCUCUAUCCACAAUUCGGCAAGUGGAUCGCGCCUCUGGUAGCGUCACCACCUGUCGUCACAGUCUACACUGAAUUUGGAAGCGCCAAGCUCUGA